UCCAUGCUCAGCCGCGCAGGCAAAGCCGUUCCGCGGCCACUUCGCGCAAAGGCUGGACGGUCAUUUGCAACCGUCGCCGACCCUCCAGUUCGCAGAUAUGGUGGUCUAAAAGACCAGGACAGGAUAUUCCAAAAUGCUUACUGUCGGCACGAUCACGGUAUCAAGGGUGCUAUGGCUCGGGGUGACUGGCACCGUACAAAAGACAUCCUCCUCAAGGGCGACUCCUGGAUCAUUCAGACGAUGAAGGAUUCUGGUUUACGAGGUCGUGGUGGGGCAGGUUUCCCAUCAGGUCUCAAAUGGAGUUUCAUGAACAAACCCGGCUGGGAGAAAGACCCGCGUCCACGGUAUCUCGUCGUUAACGCCGAUGAAGGCGAACCAGGCACCUGUAAGGACCGUGAAAUCCUGCGUGGUGACCCACAUAAACUCGUCGAAGGCUGUCUCGUCGCAGGACGCGCUAUGAAUGCUAACGCAGCGUACAUCUACAUCCGUGGAGAGUUCUUCCAGGAGGCGUCUCAUCUUCAACAAGCUAUUAACGAAGCUUAUAAAGCUGGUCUCAUCGGAAAGAACGCUUGCGGAAGUGGGUACAACUUUGAUGUCUACCUUCAUCGUGGUGCUGGUGCAUACGUAUGUGGAGAAGAGACUGCGUUGAUAGAAAGUCUGGAGGGGAAGCAAGGCAAGCCGCGUCUCAAGCCUCCCUUCCCCGCCGAUGUUGGUCUCUUCGGUUGCCCUUCGACUGUAGCGAACGUAGAGACCGUCGCUGUCGCUCCUACAAUCUGCAGACGUGGUUCCAGCUGGUUUGCAAGCUUCGGACGAGAACGUAACCAGGGCACGAAGUUAUUCUGCAUUUCGGGACACGUUAACAACCCAUGUGUCGUUGAAGAAGAGAUGAGCAUCCCACUCAAAGAGCUCGUCGAACGUCACUGUGGUGGAGUUCGCGGUGGAUGGGACAACCUACUCGGUAUCAUCCCAGGCGGUAGCUCAGUACCCAUCCUACCAAAAGACAAAUGCGCGGAAGUACUCAUGGAUUUCGACUCCCUCAAAGACGCGCAAUCCGGCUUGGGUACGGGCGCAGUCAUCGUUAUGGACAAAUCUACCGACGUCGUCGCAGCCAUCGCUCGCUUCGCACACUUCUAUAAACACGAAUCGUGUGGACAGUGUACACCAUGUCGGGAGGGAACGACAUGGAUGAUGAAGAUGAUGGACCGGUUCGUCGAGGGACGUGGACACAGGAGAGAGAUCGAUAUGUUGUUAGAGUUGACAAAGCAAGUCGAGGGACAUACGAUUUGUGCGUUGGGCGAUGCAGCGGCGUGGCCCAUCCAGGGAUUGAUGCGCCAUUUCCGUCCUGAGGUCGAGCGGAGAAUUGAUGAAUUCCGUGCGAAGCAUGGAACUGUUAUGUUUGGUGGACGCUUGAAGAGUGAGACUGCUGACCCCACCUUGGCGUUGCCGGAUAAUAUGGGUGCAAACCUCGUAGAAGAGCCCAGAGUGUAGAAUAGCGUGUUUAGGGGGCAAUAAUAAUCUUUUCC